CAGAUGCUUUAGAGAGUUUCAGUGAAAGGCAACAUUCAGUAUCAGGCAUUCAUUCAUUCGCUCUUGGAUGGUUGUCUAUUGAAAUGCAAAAUGGCUGAUAUACAAUCAAUUAAAAGAAAAGAGAAAAGCACAUUGAAAACACAUAUACUAAAAAUGUAGCCUACUACUUCAAGCUGCUAAAUUGGUGUUAUACAUUAUUCUGGAUGUGAACAAACGCUGCUUGUCCGCUAGACUGUAAAACCAUGAUUCAGACCCCGUUCAUGUACUUUUCCACAGCAUAUAUGAACUAAAUCUGUCUGAGAACUGAGAGGUUUGGUUUGGAUCACUCCCCAAUGCUGGCCUCCUCUCUUAGCCCUCUAACGUACUUGCAUGUAUGCAUGGCGUUAACUUCGUGCUUGUGCAGAGUGCGGACUUAAUCAAUGCCCUUGGUUAUUUCUCUGGUUUACUGGCUGAGAGGAGAGAGGGGAGAGAUGGUCAUACUCUUAGCAUGGGGUAGAGUAGGGAUAAAGACUCCUCUGUUUUCUGUUUUAUACUUACUAAAUGUACCCAAGGAAAACGGGUCAGAAGCUACUGCCGUUCCUGGGGAGAGUACUAAAUAAGCUUGAUCAAAAUGAAGGUACUACUCAUUGCUGCAAUUCUCUUGGUUGGACUGUUGGCAAUGGGCAGCGAGGCCAUUCCAUCAAACCGCUGGUCCUGCUACAAGAAAGUCUUGAAGGACAGGGACUGUCGCAAUGUUGGCAUCUCCAACGGAGUUGCGACCAUGCGACCCAUCGAUUCCCUGCAGAACCAUUUCUGGGAGGGGAACAAAUGCGACAUGGUGUGCUACUGUAACUUCAGUGAGCUCCUCUGCUGCCCAAGGGAUGUCUUCUUUGGACCCAAAAUCUCCUUUAUAAUUCCAUGCAAAACCAUCUGAGCCAUCAGUCGUUUGAAUGGACAGUGAACACGGACGGUGCAAUCUUCUGAAUUGAAACAAGAGUAAAGAGUAAAUGGGGCCAAGGGGGAUGGGCCCAUCCAUUCCGGACUACAGAAUUACAUGCAUUUCAUUCUUCACUUGGAGACAGCUACAACAACGACAAGUUCAGAAGGCUGGAGCUAAAACAAAAGCACAAGCUUUGAAGCUGAAAAAAAAGAGGCCCAUCUUUCACAAUACUUGGGCCUACAAAUAAAAUGGAUUAUUUUCAGUCUCAAAUACAGCACCCAGUAUAUUUAGUAUCUGUGAAGACAAUUCAAUAAAUGCAGCCCGUGUCCCUCCUUUGCCAAGGCUACAGUUCAACACUUGUAUAUCUGACUUGGCAGACCCUUCAUUUGGCAUUCGCAAUGAUGUGACACCCCCAUUAUCUACACCCAAACGUAAACAGAUAGUUGUAGUACAGUAAUACCACGAGUGUGCCUUUAUAUUGAGUUGUCGCACAUCCCAAAAACAUUAUUCAAUAGUUAAUAGUAUGCCAUUCAUGAGAGACAUUCCAUUUUAUAUUCAAGGCUAUUAAAUGCCAUAAAUGUCAGCAGGAUCA